AUGGCAGAUAAUUAUUUUGGCAGAAUAUACAAUUCGUCUCCAGCCACUGAAUCUUCUUUUAUUGAUUUUAAUCAUCGGUUACCAUCGUCUUGUACAACCUCGUGGCUUGAUGAUUUUGAAUUGAAUUUUUCAACAGAGAUGAGACAAUCAGUGACAGAAUUUGUUCAAAAGUUGGAUGAAUAUUUAAUUAAUAUAAAAAAAAGUAAAACACAUGCUGAAGCUAUGGAACGUCGAUUCUUAGCCUUACAGUAUAUAGAGAAUUGGCGAAUUGAAAAUGUGGCAAAAAUAGAUCAUAUAGUCGAACAAGCAACAGAUCAUUUAUUGAAUACAUUUAAAUCAGUUGGUGUAUUAGGCAGUCUACAUAAUCAAGUGACAAAAUGUAUUGAUAGAACAACAAGCGAAGCUCUCAAUGAAAUUCGACAAUCAUUAAAACGGGAGAGAAAAACAGUCGAUAUAUCCCCAAAUCAGUCUCAACAUCAUCGUUCAAAAUCACGAGAAUCAACACAUUCGCGUCGAACAAAAAGUAUGGACGUAUUAAAUAGAGAACAAAUUGUUUCAUCUGAUACAUUACGUGAUCGGCAAACACUUCCAGCUGAUUCUUCUCAUUCAUUUUCAGAUCAUUCAUUUGAAAAACAAGACAGUCAUAAUCAAACAAGACAAAAUGAUGCAGUUGAUCACUUUAUCUCAACUUAUCAAAUAAAGUGUGAAACGAAUCAGCAUUUGGCUUAUAAUAAUAUCGAUCCCUAUUCAUCUACAUUUCUUUCUAAUAGUCCAGAUCAAAAAUUAAGUUCACAAUUGAAAGUAGUUGACAAUAGCAAACACUUCAAUGAAAUUUUAUCUUUUAAUGAAAACAAUAUGUUUCAUUAUCCUCGGUCACCGUUAGUAAAUAAUUCAUUCAAUCGAAUUUUGUCAUCUGAAACUGUCAUGAAUGAGCAGGAAGAUAAACGGUAUAGUUUAGUGAGUGUAGGAGAAUCAUCGUCACUUGUUAACCAUCAUGAAACGCAAAGAGACGCUCAAGAUGAUUUGGAGAACCAAAUACCAAUUAUCACAUCACCAGCAUCCGAUGAAUACAAUCGAACACGUGAAUCUCGUGUUCGUUAUCAUUUGAUACGUCGUCCAACGCUAUUUGUUCACUAUUUGCCUAAUUAUAAUAAUAAACAAGAUGAUCAACAUUACGAUGAUGCUGUUGAUCAUCGUUUAAAGAAAAUAGAAGUACAUUUUAAUCAUGUUAAUAAUUCACAAAAGAAUACAAUAAUAGAUCUAGAUUAUUUUACAGCAGAAGAUGUAUUGGUGCCAUUUAAUGAUCACAAAAAUCGAAAAAAAUUUGAUUUUUCAUUAUACAACCCUGAUUUUAAAUAUGAUAUUAUUGAUUAUGAUAACAGUAAUGACAUACCGAUGGUUUAUUGUGAUUAUGGCUAUUUAGUUUGUUGUUUUCGUUCUCAACAGCCGGCUGAAUUACUUAUCUACAAUAUUUAUAAUCAUUAUCUGUGUGGUAUUAUUAAGUUAAAUGAUCUUAUUAUCAAAGAUUUACUCUAUUUGAAAUGGAAUUCAAAAUGUUUAAUUAUUAUUCAUAAUAAGUUAAUACAGUUCAAUUGUCGUACAUUAAAUCGAGAGACUGUAGAAUUUUCUGAUGUUAAUGAAGAAAAAUUCAUUUAUUAUUCAUGUGGUACAGUCGAUCAUGAACAAAAAUAUCUUUAUCUUGUUGGUGGACGAUCAUACAAUGAACAAAUAUUAAGAAAAUAUGACGAAUAUUUUCAACCAAUUGAACAAUGGAUUAUUUAUAGUCAAGUAGAUAAUGUACAUUGGACACAAUCUGUUAAUUGUAUAUGUUAUGAUCCAAUCUCAUCUCGUAUCGCACUCAUUAUAGAACAAGUUCCAGUUUUAACUCGAUUAUCAUCAACGAAAAAAGAUGAAAAUUUAUCAAAAUUGAAAGUAGUUAGUGAAGAUCAUCAACUUCAACAAACAGCAACAAGUCAUCUUUAUGUUUAUGAGUCAAACAUAAAACACAUUUUGUAUAAAAUUGUCAUCGAAGAUAAUGUUCGACGACAGUGGGUGUGUCCAGACGGUCAAGGAGGUUGGUUAUUAAAAGGUACCCAUCCAAUGAGUAGUUAUUCGAUAAAUGCUGGUGGAAUCAUGGAUGUUCGAUAUUUUGAUUGUGAAAGUCUACAAAAUAUAUUAUUAUUUAAAGAUGAUAUGGAUAAAAAUGAUCAUGAUUAUAGUAAACGUUUUAUUGUACGAACAAAUAAUCAAAUUUAUGUUUUAGUUAAAUGCUUACAAAUAAAAUAA